AUGGCUUCUGAAGUGGAGGAGAAGGCAUACGCUUGGCAGCAGCUGGCGCGAUUCAUGGGCUAUGAGAUGCGUGCGAAUGAGAUGGAAGCAAAAAAUGAGGAACAUUGCCGUCUUCAUACAACUAUGAUUGAAGAACGAGGAAUUAAGCUGCCCAUGCCUAAAAUAGGUAUCGAAGCAGCACACAUUGCCGUUGAUAUUGCGAUUAACCAACAGCCUAAGUACAGUCAUCACUAUGUGACCAAAGGAACUCUGUACCUUCUGCAGCUAAGAGAUUUCAAAUCAGAGGACGGGCCUACCCUUCCCGCCUCCAUGACUGAAGUGAUUGAUGUAUGUCGCAAAGCACUAGAAGUCUACGACAAGGCACUUAGUACUACUCAUGAGCUCAACUAUUAUUCAAUGAUAGGGAAAGUUCAAGCCAUUGUCUCGCUUCUUCAAAUAGUCAAAGGUUUGCCGUUCUUUCGCUUAGAUGGUGAAAGCAUUACAAAGUAUCUAAAGACAGCUGAUAUUCCAAGUGAACUGGAAGAGGUACUCACCCAGGAAGAACACAACUACAUAAAAGAUCUAAGUUCUACGACACUUGGUCUUCUUAAUGAAAUUUUCGGAGAUGUUAAGUUCCGACUCAUGACUACUUAUGGUGACAAUGCAAUCAGAGGUUUAAUUAAUGCCAAAUUGAGGGCGUUGAAAUUGCGAAGAACCUUUUAUGAAGUGACGGGUUUCGAUAGAAGCCAGCUGCGUGAUAUGGUAGUUACGACGUCUUCCCAACCGUUUACGAGGGAUGCCCAGGCUCUUUGCCAACAGUUUGUACAAGAUGUUCUUUUCAUAAACAAUGAGACCACGUACAGCACAUGGCUUAAUUUAAGCGAUGGAGAAGUUUCCCGGAUUUAUAACUCGCUUAAAGUGCUUUGCUCUCGUGGCUAUGGAAGUCAUGAUGACAUGCUUAUUUGUUGUAAGGCUUGUCUUCGUUUACAAGAGAAACCAUCCGUCGAAGAGCUGGACGAAAUUGUGACCAUGUGGGUGUCGAAAUUUCCGGAUUCAGAAUGGGCCCAUCUAUUUAACUACAUGAUUCAUUUCCCAAUUCCAGAUAAACGGCUCGCGUUCUUCAAUUAUUCCGCCAAAGAAUCAAUCAAGAAAUGCGACAAAAUCGUCCUGAAGAAGACAGGAAAAGGAUUCCGGAAAUCUGGUGCAGAAUACUUUCUUGGAAAGGGAACUGGAUUGUACGCCAUUGCAAACAGUCAACAGUUUCGAUCGCUUGAAAAGGGGGAAUCUAAAACCAACCUCUGGAGAAGUAGAGAGAUCUCAGAGAAGCUAGAACGAGUGUGCGGUCAAAAGGAUGUCAACUUCAACGGUGUUAUAACGUACCAAGGAAUUCAGCUACGUUUUGACGACAAACGUUACCCAAAGCAAAGUAAAGACGACUUGUGGUUCUACGUUGGCUUUUCUCUUUCUGGACCUUAUGCAUAUGACCCUGUUGACAAUGAUACUUACGCAGCCAUCUUAAGUCGUAAGGACAUCGAAACUUUCGAUUGGGAAUUCCCUCUGAUCGAUUACGCAAAUGGAAAGGACAACCUUACCGCAGCUGUACCAAGAAGAGAAAAACAAUAUGAGCCGAGGAAUCCGAAAAGAGGACAAAAGGCAGUAGCAGCAAAUGCUGGGGAUUUUUCCGAUAUUUCCAUCAGCCCACUAUCAAAGGAAAAACAAUAUAUGAGCUCAUCAGUGCCAAAUUUGCUCAACACGCUAAUCAGUGGCUCCCCCGACGUUCCCGGAGAACCAGAAAAGUCUGCUGUUUCGUCCAGUUGUUUUAAUACCCACGCUAGGAGUGCUAUGUCAUCCUGGGUCAGUAUUGAAAACGUCUACCAACCAGGCACAUCGUCUCACCCUGUCUCGUAUGCUUCCGCUGUGCAGCAAGGGCGUUCACGACAGGAGGAACAACUACCAAAAUCCCCAAGCCGACCACGGAGUGGCCCUGGAACGUCUUUUUCUGCACAAGGACGCAAAUGGAAGUCCAUUGAGGUUACUCGUGGAACAGAAAGGUACAAGUUUACACCCAAGUAUGUUGACGAGGCAGGCAAGCUUCAUCAUGGAGCUUGGGUACUUGGCGCUAAAAAAUCAAAGGAGUGCGAAACUCAUACAUGUGGGGUUCCCGAUAUCAACAUCACAAAUCGUUGUCCUUUUGCUCAUUCUUGGAGGGGAGAUACCCUUCAGCAUGUUUGUUUAAAGUGCACACGCGCGAAUAAACCAAAUUGUAAAGAAAGGCGCCCUCAUGAGCCAUUUAUUUAUAACUUGGGACCUUACUGUACUGAGGAGGGAAAAAUCUGGAGAGAAACGCGGGCAGAACAGCCAAAAUGA